AGGACGGGUGACGAUCUGUUUUGAGAUUAUACAUUUAUCCACGUCUACGGAUAAAAACAGUCCUCCCUCUCUGCCACGUCAGCCUUCUUUUGAUUCCAUUGCACUUUAACAUUCCCUUUGGCCUUUUUUCCCACCAUUUUCCUCGCUAUUUUUCCUGCGAUCCAAACGCUAAAAGUUUUACUGAUUGAUUCCGUUGCAAUUUUUACAUGUCGAUUAAAUUUCAUCAUCACAACUUCGUAUCUUCAAGCAGGUAUUCAAAUCCAUGUCUUUCACGUAAUUCGUUUGGAACCCAUGUUUCUUGCAAAAGAAUGGCUAACUUGGAUUAUCUGUUGACAAAUUGGGGUAAUUUGAGGAAGAAAUGUCUUAUAAGGCGGACAUUGUCAGAUAAUCACUGGCUGGUGGGUUAUAGGAAACAUUUUUCAGCCUUUCGUAAAUCAAGAAGGAUGGAAUACCAUUUUCCUCUGGCAUCAGCUGAAGACGGUGUCACUGUCAACGGGAGUCCGCAAACCAGUACAAGUACAGAUGUAGAUGAGAUAAGGGUCAAAUUGAAUCAAUCACUGCAGGGUGAAGAUUAUAGUAAUGGACUCGUUCAAUCUUUACAUGAUGCAGCUAGGGUUUUUGAGCUAGCAAUCAAAGAACAAGGCUCAUUAUUGAAAUUGUCUUGGUUUUCAACGGCCUGGCUUGGUGUAGAUAGGAAUGCAUGGGUGAAAACACUCUCUUAUCAGGCUUCUGUGUAUUCACUACUGCAAGCUGCAGGUGAGAUUUCAUCCCAAGGUGAUAGCAGAGACAGAGAUACGAAUAUUUUUGUGCAAAGGAGUUUGUUGUGUCAAUCUGCUCCCUUGGAGAGCUUAAUCAGGGAAAAACUAUCAGCCAAGCAACCUGAAGCAUAUGAAUGGUUUUGGACUGAGCAAGUUCCAGCUGUGGUUCUCUCUUUUGUAAAUUAUUUUGAAGGAGACCUUCGAUUUACUGCUGCGACAGAUGUGAGUGGGAAAGGCAAGUCCUUGGGUGCAGGAAGUGCAAGUGACAAAUCUCUUCUCAUGCUUGCACUAACCUGUGUUGCUGCAAUCACAAAACUUGGUCCUGCUAAAAUUUCCUGUUCCCAUUUCUUUUCCAUGAUCCCAGACAUAACUGGUAGACUUAUGGACAUGCUCGUUGAUUACGUUCCCAUACACCAAGCUUUUCAUUCUAUAAAGGACAUUGGUCUACGCAGAGAAUUUCUUGUCCAUUUUGGUCCUCGAGCUGCGGCAUGCAGAGUGGAAAGUGAUCAAGAUUCAGAGGAGGUUAUUUUCUGGGUCGAUCUUGUACAGAUGCAUCUGCAGCGAGCUAUAGAUAGAGAGAAAAUAUGGUCAAGGCUAACAACAUCUGAAAGCAUUGAGGUCUUGGAAAGGGAUUUGACCAUUUUUGGGUUCUUUAUCGCCUUAGGCAGAAAUACACAGGCUUUUUUAUCUGCAAAUGGAUUUGAUGUUGUAGAUGAUCCUAUUGAAAGCUUCAUUAGGUACCUUAUAGGUGGCAGUGUGUUGUACUAUCCUCAACUUUCAUCAAUAAGUUCUUAUCAACUUUAUGUAGAGGUUGUGUGUGAAGAGCUAGAUUGGCUUCCUUUUUAUCCUGGCAUUGUUAGCACAUCAAAACUGUCUCAUGGACAUAAAAGCAUACAAGAAGGUCCUCCUAAUAUUAAAGCUAUUCCCCAAGUGUUGGAUGUUUGUUCUCAUUGGAUGCAGAGCUUUAUUAAAUAUAGUAGAUGGCUGGAAAAUCCGUCUAACGUUAAGGCUGCAAAGUUCCUGUCUAGAGGGCACAACAAGUUGAUGGUGUGCAUUGAAGAACUCGGGAUACCAUCAAGGGAAAUGGUGGAGACUAAUUCUGUUGGUAGGACUGGUUUAGUUCCUGUGAACGAGUCAGAUUCAUUUGAUAAGACAUUAGAAAGUGUUGAAGAAGCUCUGAAAAGACUGGAAAACUUGCUUCAAGAGUUGCAUGUUUCAAGUUCUCACUCCGGGAAAGAGCAAUUACAAGCAGCUUGUUCUGACCUUGAGAAAAUAAGGAAGUUAAAGAAAGAGGCUGAAUUUUUGGAGGUAUCUUUCAGAGCAAAAGAAGCUUUCCUUCGACAGGAAGGUGGUGAUGGUGGUUCCGAAUCCUUUGUUAGUGAGCAGCAACGUUAUCCAAAGACAAAAACAAGAAAGAGUGCUACUGUAACAAAUGAUAGAAGCAACAGAGUUGUCAAUAAAUCUCGUGGAUUAUGGAGCUUCUUACACCCUUCAGCCAGGAAGCCUGACAUGGAGUCAUCAGCUAUAGAGAAAUUGGGAAAUGAUUUUAUUGAGCAGAAUACUUCAAAUAUUGGUAUUGCUGAUUCAGAACCAAAUGAAAUCCGCCGCUUUGAACAAUUAAGGAAUGAACUAAUCGAGCUUGAGAAACGUGUUAAAAGGAGUGCUGAUCAGCCAGCAUAUGAAGAGGAUAUUAAUGAUGCUGGACAUGCUCAAUUGGUUGAGGUUCAGAAGAAAGAAAGUAUUAUUGAAAAAUCGUUGGACAAGAUAAAAGAAACAAGCACGGAUAUCUUGCAAGGAACUCAGCUUCUAGCCAUUGAUGUUGCUGCUGCAAUGGAGUUGCUUAGAAGGGCCCUGAUAGGGGAUGAAUUAGCAGAGAAAGAAAAGAAAGCCCUUCGGAGAACUCUAACUGACUUAGCAUCAGUUGUUCCAAUUGGCAUUUUGAUGCUUCUUCCUGUUACUGCUGUUGGGCAUGCAGCCAUUUUGGCUGCCAUUCAAAGAUAUGUACCAGCUCUGAUACCAUCAACAUAUGGACCUGAAAGGUUAGAUCUCUUGAGGCAGCUUGAGAAAGUGAAGGAAAUGGAAACCAGCGAAGUGGACAAUGAAGAAAAUGUGGAGGAAGUAGCCUGAAUUCCAGUGGAGAUCUUGUACAACCUUUAAAACCUAAACAAUUCUUCCCAUAUAGGUUGACAGACAGUUUCCAUUUUUUGUUUUUUUUUUUGGUCUUUUCCCAGUUUGGGGAUCACUUGGUUCUAAAUUCCAUUGA